GAUGGCUGCAACUGCGAGACAGUGUUCCUCGUAACAAUCUGUCGAAUAUGUGCACAGUGCUUCUUACUACGCCCAACAACAUCGUGUGUCAAAGUGUGAGCGCAUCCGCUAUGCAAGGCGUGGGAUUUACAUCGUCACCCGCGCACAAAACAGCUUUCUCAGGGUCUUUACACUUAUGAUGAAAAUGGCGUCUAUAAAUGAGGAGGCGGUGCUUCAGGCACCUAUGCUCAAGCGCUCCCAAAGCAAUAGUCGACUCAAGUCUGUCAACUACAAGUCACGUUGGUUUGUGCUCACCAAGGCCUGCCUGCGGUAUCAUGACGGAAAGCCAGAUGGCAAAGAAAAAGGACGCUUGGAUCUGCGCACAGUGCGACUUGUAGAGCGUGUUGAUGAUGGAGCGCUUGAGAGGGAAAAGGCAUUUCAGAUUGGCUACAAAGAUCGCUUUAUGUACAUUGUGGCAUCAUCUGAAGCGCAACGAGAAGAAUGGAUAGGUGCUUUGAGGAAAUUAUGUGCAAACAAUGAGCAGCUGGCUGAUAAGUUCCACUCGGGUGUCUGGUCUGGUGGCCGUUGGGGCUGCUGUGGCCGUGGCUCUCGCAGUUCCCCUGGUUGUCGAAGCACGUGGGUCACCUCACCACAUAGUGCAGAGUCCCUCAACUCUAGGGGUAGCAUCACAUGCAGUGAUCCAGCACCUACAAGGAGCAAGGACAUACUGCCUAUUAAGAGUGCUGUGUCUACAAAGGUGGUGACAGCACUGUAUUCAUUCCAAGCCAUUGAAAAAGGAGAUCUCUCAUUAGAAGCUGGCAAAGAGUACAUUGUACUGGAUGACACUGCAGAGCAUUGGUGGCAGGUUAAAGACAAGAAUGGGGCUGUGGGCUUUAUCCCGAGCAACUACGUGGAGGAGAAGGCGGGCCUCUGGCAACAUGAAUGGUAUGCGGGCGACAUGUCCAGACAGCGGGCCGAACAAAUACUGCGCCAGGAAACGAAGGAGGGAGCCUUCGUGAUUCGAAACUCAUCCACCCAAGGCCUGUUCACACUGUCCCUCCUGGCAAACAGUCCCAACGGUGUGUUUCAAGUGAAGCACUACCACAUCAAGAGCCGGGCCGGUGGCCAGCUGUACCUCUCUGAGCGUCGCACUUUUCCCUCCCUCGAGGAUCUGGUGCGAUACCAUCGCCAUGACAGCGGAGGGCUUGCCACGAGGUUGCGCCACUGGCCCGCACAGCUGCGCCGCACUGCUCCCACUGCUGGCCUUGGCCAUGACAAAUGGGAAAUUGAUCCGUCCGAGCUGACCCUUCUGGAAGAACUUGGAAGUGGGCAGUUUGGUGUGGUGCGCCGAGGAAAAUGGAGAGGAUGUCGAGAUGUGGCCGUGAAAAUGAUGAAGGAAGGCACCAUGUCCGAGGAUGAUUUUAUCGAAGAAGCAAAACUAAUGACGAAGCUACAACACCCCAACUUGGUUCAGCUCUAUGGUGUCUGCAGCAAGCACCGUCCUAUAUUUAUUGUAGCAGAGUACAUGAAGCAUGGCUCCUUGCUGCAGUUCCUGCGUCGUCACGAGCGUGCCCUGUGUGAGAAAGGCCCUGUGCUGCUUCUUGACAUAUGCCUGCAAGUGGCCAGUGGCAUGGCCUACCUCGAGCUGCACAACUACAUUCAUCGUGAUCUGGCCGCACGCAACUGCCUCGUUGGCGAGAACUAUGUUGUCAAGGUUGCUGAUUUUGGCCUGGCAAGAUACGUCAUUGAUGAUGAGUACACCAGUUCUGGAGGAGCAAAGUUCCCCAUCAAGUGGGCUCCCCCUGAAGUACUAGGCUACACUCGCUUCAGUAGCAAGUCUGACGUGUGGGCAUAUGGUGUGCUAAUGUGGGAAGUGUUCACAUGCGGCAAGAUUCCCUAUGGCCGGGCCGCCAACGCCGAGGUGGUUGAGCAGGUGCAACAUGGCCAGAGGUUAGCCCGGCCUCCGGCAUGCCCUUCUGAUGUGUACCAGGUCAUGCGCUCCUGCUGGGAAAAGAAGCCAGACGCAAGACCAUCUUUCCGGUCUAUCAAAAGUCAGCUGGAAAAAAUAAUGGACAAAGAUCACUGACGAUAGAAAUUUCUUGUAUGGCUUGAGCACGAAAUUUACUGCUCUUUGGCGUCAUGUGAAACUGAAUGCAGAGUCAUUUAUGACUGUAAACGUAAAGCCUGGUGGCCUGCUGUCGGUCCACAUCAAACUCAAGCCAGGACUGUUUCCGUGCAACACCAGUUUAUUUUGUUCCUAAACAAACCUUUUUUUUUAGUGCUAGUAAAAUUUUUGUUACUAGUUUUAAGUUAAACAGUGUUUGCCUGCUCUGUUUAUUAAGUCUUGGUUGUUACUUAGUACUUAUGUAUAGGCAGUCUUGAAAUAUUGUUUGGAAUCUCUUUUUUUUGUUUCUCACCUGUGUGUUUGGUGUUUGCGCAUACGACAAAAAUCACUACAGCUGUCAACUGGAUGUAACCAGUUUUGUUGUUAUCCAUGACUUUACUGAUGGUUUUAUUGUAGACAGUCAUUUGUUUGUGCCAGCAGCUGUUGAUGAUAGCUGCGAUGAGCUCAUUCUGUGUGCAAUAUUGGUUGCGAAUACAGAAGUGUGUGCGAGGUCAAGUUUUUGUUGCACCUAACUCGUUAAAGAUCCGCCCGAGUGCAGCAGGUGUUGUUUCUAAGCUGAAUGAGCAGUUUUUUUUCUGCCCAACGGUAUUGGGGAAUUAAUGCUUGAUUGUAGAAUGGCACAGUUAGAGGCAUUUAUUUUGUUUGUUUCUCAUACCCGUGUGUGUGUGUAUGUAUGCAUGUUUGUGUGUUUAGCAUGUUAGCCCUGAUGCUUGUACUCAAGUUAUUGUUUUAAAAUAGUGACCACGGAACUCCCUCAAAUCUUUUUACUCACCAGGGAGGGUUGUGUUGACAAUGUCUAUGCUCUCUUUCAAAGGACCUUUUUUUUUUCUCUGUGCCAUAUAUCAUUUUCCCUUGACGAACGCACUUGUGUUCGUGAUGUUGGAUUUGUCUGUUGACUUGUUUUUUUUACAGCUGUUGUUGCCUUCAGGGUCUGCUGUGUUUUUAGAAACAUAUGGCAUCAUUUUGUUAAAUAAAUUGCUGCAUGAUAAGGAGUUGUUGAAGUGAAAGGAACAAGUCAGUCUAGGAUUUUUUUUAGUGCGAUGAUGAUGUGGGUGCAAGAACAUACUUUUUGUAGAAACAAAUAAACCACGUGUGCGAAUA